AUGCAGGCGCGCUACUCCGUGUCCAGCCCCAACUCCCUGGGCGUGGUGCCGUACCUCGGCGGGGAGCAGAGCUACUACCGAGCGGCGGCGGCGGCGGCCGGCGGGGGCUACGCGGCCAUGCCGGCCCCCAUGAGCGUGUAUUCGCACCCGGCCCACGAGCAGUACCCCGCCGGCAUGGCCCGCGCCUACGGGCCCUACACGCCGCCGCCGCAGCCCAAGGAUAUGGUGAAGCCGCCCUACAGCUACAUCGCGCUCAUCACCAUGGCCAUCCAGAACGCGCCCGAUAAGAAGAUCACCCUCAACGGGAUCUACCAGUUCAUCAUGGAGCGCUUCCCUUUCUACCGGGACAACAAGCAGGGCUGGCAAAACUCCAUCCGCCACAACCUGUCCCUCAACGAGUGCUUCGUCAAAGUGCCCCGCGACGACAAGAAGCCCGGCAAGGGCAGCUACUGGACGCUGGACCCCGAUUCCUACAACAUGUUCGAGAACGGCAGCUUCCUGCGCCGCCGCCGCCGCUUCAAGAAGAAGGACGCCGUCAAGGACAAGGAGGAGAAGGACCGCCUGCACCUCAAGGACCAUGCCCCGCCGCCGCCGCGCCCGCCGCCCACCGCCGCCACCGGCGCCGAGCCCGAGGGCGGGGGCCCUCCCGCGGCCGGGGCCGCUCCGCCGCCGGUGCGCAUCCAGGACAUCAAGACGGAGAACGGCACGGCCUCCCCGCCGCAGGCCGUGUCCCCGCCGGGCGCCGCGCCGCCGCUGGGCGCCGUGCCCAAGAUCGAGAGCCCCGACAGCAGCAGCAGCCUCUCGAGCGGCGGCAGCCCCCGCGGCGGAGCGCUCCCCGCCGCCCGCUCCCUCGGCAUGGAGGGCCCCGAGCCGCCUCCUCCACCUCCUCCACCUCCUCCUCCUCCCCCCCCUCCGCACCACCACGGGCCGGGCUUCAGCGUGGACAACAUCAUGACCUCGCUGCGGGGCUCCCCGCAGGCGGCCGAGCUGGGCGCCGGCCUGCUGCCCCCCGCCGCCGCCGCCCCGCGCAGCUCGCUGCCGCCCGCCCUCUCGCUCGGCGCCUACUCUCCGGGCCACAGCUCCGCGGUGUACGGCUCGCCCUGCGGCCAGCCCGCUGCCGCCGCCGCCGGCUCCUACCACUGCAACAUGCAGGCCAUGAGCCUGUACGCGGCGGCGGGGGGCAACGAGCGGCCCGGCGGCCACCUGCCCGCAGCCAGCCCCGCCGAGGAGCCGCUGCCCGACUACGCCAUGCCCGGAGGGGGCGGCGGCGGAGCGGCCAACGGCGAACCGGGCCUGCCCCAUCACCACGGAGCAGCCAUCUGA